CUCUCAACAUUGGGAUGUGCACUUGAACAUUUUGACUCAUCAAACUAAUGUGUUGCAUUGCCUUAAAAGUGAAUCCGUAUGUUCGUAAGAAGACGUUUUGAGCCUGUCACUAAGUGUGUAGUUCUCAUUCGUAGCAUCAUUAACUGAAGGUUAUUAUAUGCAGGGCAGGAAAAACAAAACUGUGAUACAUGGAUGUGGAUAGCUCCAAAACCUGAGGAAAAUAGAAAGAAUGAUACCAUCAAAACUUGAGACUUAAGUCUUGCACCAGGAACCGCUGUCAUCUCCUCAGUCUGGAAAUGGGAUGGAUGCGAUGGAUGGAAGGAAUACUUCGCAGAGCUGGAGGGCACAAGAGGAACCGAGGAGAGCGAUGCCUUCGGCUCUCUCUUAAUUGCUUUUGAUAAUUUGCAGUGUCUUGCUAAACAAAACAAAUCGCUCUUGGGAGGACUUCUACAACCUCACAGAUGAAUUUGGUAAAACCGAUUUCAUGGGCGAUGGAUGGGGUAUUCUGAGAAUAACUAUUUCUGUAAUUUAUUCCGUGGUAUGUGCACUUGGGUUAAUUGGAAAUAUUCUUGUUUUAUACCUAAUGAAAACCAAGCAAGCAUGGAAGAAAUCUUCUAUCAACCUCUUUGUGACCAGUUUGGCUGUAACAGACUUCCAGUUUGUGUUAACACUGCCUUUUUGGGCUGUGGAAAACGCAAUGGAUUUCACAUGGCUUUUCGGAAAAGCAAUGUGUAAGAUCAUUUCGUUCGUGACUGCAAUGAAUAUGUAUGCAAGUGUAUUUUUCCUCACUGCAAUGAGUGUUGCGCGAUAUUACUCUGUAGCCUCUGCGCUGAAGCAAAAACGACGCCGUCUGCGCUUUUCUGCAAGGUGGAUGAGUGUCGCUGUGUGGAUCUCCGCAAUAGUGGCUGCGCUGCCAAACGCGGUGUUCUCCACAACAGCCACCGUGUCAAAUGUGGAGCUAUGCUUGGUGAAAUUCCCUGUCAGAAAAGGCGACGCACCGUUUUGGCUGGGGCUAUACCACGCACAGAAAGUAUUGGUGGGGUUUCUCAUUCCUUUAGGAAUAAUAUCAGUUUGUUAUCUCCUACUUUUGCGCUUCAUUACGAACAAAAACGUGAACACUUCUAGUGCAAAGAGACGUUCCAAAGUAACGAGAUCUGUGACUAUAGUUGUUCUCUCUUUCUUCCUCUGUUGGUUGCCUAAUCAAGCUCUGACAGCUUGGGGUAUUCUUAUAAAACUCAACGUUGUUCACUUUAGUGAUGAAUAUUACACGACCCAAGCUUACAUAUUUCCCGUGUCUGUUUGUCUGGCACACUCCAACAGCUGCCUAAAUCCAAUAUUGUACUGUUUAAUGAGGAGGGAGUUCAGAAAAGCUCUGAAAAAAUUGUUUUGGCAAAUCACUUCUCCUUCUGUCACGAACAUGAGACCCUUCACAGCCUCGAGUAAACCUGAGCACGAAGAGCAGGCGAAUGCCCUGGUUCGGCUUAACCCACCGGAGCCCGCGCUUUUGUUUUAUCCGCCAGGUGUUGUCAUAUACAACGGGAAGAAUGACCUUCUUCCUAACAGUACAUAACACGCGAUAGUUAUACUAUAUAUGUUUCAAUUUGUUGGUUCACUGACCAUAUUUCCUAAUGUCCAUUUGACUUGACCAUUUCAGUUCUUCAUUAAUCCGCUUCUGAUCACCUCAGUUGAGUGCAAAAUGCCCUACCGCAAGUAUUCAAUUGCGCUCAAAAUAAAGGGUUGAAACCUGUAA